AUGAGCCACAUGAAUCCGCGAAAGGGAGGCACUGGCGAGAACGAUGAAGACGAGGGCGACGACAACGAUUCUCGCGAUCGCGGCCCCGAGACGUCGAUCGGGCGGCGGCGCUACCUCCUCUGCUGCACCAACGGGGUGGGCCACUCAGACGACUGGGUAACGGCAGCCCAGAGGCUCCAGACCUACGUGGACUGCGGCAUGGAAGGGUUCGGCCGGAUGACGGGCUCGCAGUACAUCAUGCUCAGCAAGAAAAUGGAACUGGACUUGCUCGACGAGAACGCGCACGCCAUCGAGCUCGCGCGCUGCGGCUACCAGCGGGCCCGCCGCACGUGCAACGAGUGCGCAUUUCACCUCGGCCGCCUGACCUACAAGCGCCAGCGGACCCACGGCAGCGCCAACUUCCCCAUCCUACCGAGCCGGGAGAUCCGUCGAGGUCCCCUGAUGCUGAUCCGGCGGGCCGACGCGGUGGACCAGCGGUGGAUCACGUACGUGGCCCGCUGCCAGGGCUGCCACGGAUGGAAGGAACUACGAGAUUUCCGGCUCGGCGAAAUGCACAACCAGUGGAUGCCCACGGCGUCGCCCGAGUCCGACGGCGAGCAGGCCGACUGGUCGCGCCAAAACUGGGACGGCACGCCGCUGACGGAAAAGUUGCUCGAGAGCGCGCGGUGCAACGCGUGCUUCGCCAGGAGCACGGGCGGGAAGCGCUCGCCGCCCUACGAUGGGGACGGCCUUGUCAAGAUGGUGCGGCACAAGUACGCGUGGGAGGUCAAGACGGCGAUCCGGCACAACCCGUGCGUGAGGACGACCAGCGCGCUGGGCUACGCCGAGGUGGCGGCGCUCGUGCACCUGCGGAGCCAGGCCGCGGAGCUGGUGCGCAGGAUCGAGGACAACUGCGACGGCACGGACGAGCUCCGGGCGUGGUACGCCGCGUGGGAGACGGGGUUCGCGGAGGCGGAGCUCGUGUGGCGGUGGUUGAUGGAUUGUAGGACUCGGCUCGCGCUUGAGCCGGGUCCGUUGGUGGAUUGGGCGCUUUCUCGGAGGGGGAUACGGCUCACGUAG